GGGUUACCUUAUCCAAGCGUGUUUCCAUCCCAACAACACAUUACGAUGAUAGGUUAUCGUCCACACCUCCUCUGUUCAACUUCACUGUCACUACAACUCUAACUUAUUCAAACUAACAACAACAAUGGCUGCUUCCACGUUCCAUCUCUCAACUCCUUUCUCCCAAAUCCAUCCUCUCAAACCCAAACUCCAUUACACCAACCCCUCCCUUUUUCUCCUCUCCAAAACCCAUCACUCCAACAAACUCAAACCCCUUCAUCCACGAAAAUUCACUUUAAACUCCGUAGACAUCUCAAAUGAAGAAGACACAACAUCGGAGUCUGAAAAACCUGACUCAGAAAAACGUCGUUUAGAAGAAAAAUUCGCUGUGUUGAAUACAGGAAUCUAUGAAUGUCGUUCAUGUGGUUAUAAAUAUGAUGAAGGUGUAGGUGACCCUUCGUAUCCAAUUCCACCUGGUUAUCAGUUUGAAAAGCUUCCAGAUGAUUGGAGAUGUCCCACUUGUGGUGCUGCACAAAGUUUCUUCGAAAGUAAAAGUGUUGAAAUUGCUGGUUUUGCUCAGAAUCAACAAUAUGGACUUGGUGGAAAUUCUCUCACUGGUGGUCAGAAAACUGUGCUUAUUUAUGGUACUUUGUUGUUUUUCUUUGCCCUUUUUCUCAGUGGCUACUUCAUACAAUAGUGUUAUUAUUCAUUCUCAUCUUAUCAAUCAAAUUACUUCUCUCAUUUCUGAAUUUUUGUUGGAUUGGAUGCGUAUUUAAAAUUGGAAUGAGUAUAAGAUACUAUCUGUCCAAUACUUUGUUGGUGACAAGUGUAUGUAAUGUUGUUAAUAAUACUUAACCGUAAGAGCCAAGUAUGAGGAUUAUCAA